GGUCAGUUCCCUCUUCAUUUAGCUGCUAGAGGUGGAUUCAUGGGUAUCAUUGGCCUCCUCGUCAGCAGAGGGGCUAGAUUAGAUGCCAAAGACACUUAUGGGCGGACUGCGCUUCACUAUGCCGCCGAGGCUGGGCAUCUUGAGGCUGUCGGCAUGUUACUUUCUGUCGGGGCGAAUCCAUUUCUAGUAGACAGCGAAGGGUGCAACAGUCUACAUAUUGCUGCUAGUAAGGGAAGAGAGGAUAUAGUGCGUGUGUUGAUGGAG